AUGACUUCUGUGUCCACUACUAGCAGUUCUCCAUUGAGUUUUUAUGAGGAAUUCUGUUCUAUAGGAAGCUGUGGAUUGGAAAAGGAUUACUUUUCUUCUGAUGAUGAAGCAAUAGAGGCUGACAAUGAAGAUGAUGCUGAGCCCUAUGACAUAGAAAAUAAAAAUGCCGCAGAAUCAAGUGUUGGGACUAAUACAGGCUGGGCAGAUGCCAUGGCUAAAAUCCUUAACAAAAAAACUCCUGAAAGUAAAUCCACCAUUCUGGUAAAAAAUAAAGAGCUGGAGAAGGAAAAAGAAAAGUUAAAACAAGAAAGAAUAGAGAAAAGAAAACAGCGUGAUAAGAGGCUGGAGUGGGAAAUGAUGCACAGAGUAAAGCCAGAUGUUGUCCAAGACAAAGAGACAGAGAGAAAUCUUCAGAGAAUUGCAACGAGGGGUGUGGUACAAUUAUUUAAUGCUGUUCAGAAACAUCAAAAGAACGUUGAUGAAAAAGUUAAAGAAGCUGGAAGCUCUAUUAGAAAGCGUGCUAAGUUGAUAUCAACUGUUUCCAAGAAAGAUUUCAUUAGCGUUUUGAGAGGAAUGGAUGGAAGUACAAAUGAGACAAGUUCUACUGCAAAGAGUCCAAAAACCAAACGGACUGAAGUGAAAUCAGAAGAGGGCCCGGAUUGGAAAAUCCUACGUGAUGAUUUCAUGAUGGGAGCAUCUAUGAAAGACUGGGACAAGGAAAGUGAUGGACCAGAUGACAGCAGACCAGAAUCUGCAAGUGACUCUGAUGCAUAAAGCAUUGUAGAAAAUACAAUUUGCAAUCACUUUAUUUUUUUCUAGAAAAAUAAUUCAUCCUCUGAUAGUUGGGGAGUUAUAAGAAUACCACUUGUAAGAAAGCAAAAAGACUUUUACCAGCUUUGGUAUUCCCCCUUUUCACAUACACUUUAUUGAAAUUAUAUUUUUCAACUCUUGGUUAAUUUUAAGCAUCGUUCCUUAAAACAUUUGUAAGAAGAAAUAUUUGUGCUUUACCAGCAAGGUGUGCAUUUUGCCAGGAUCAUGUUGGUUAUGUCUAUUGGUGUGUUUUUCAGGAUCACCAGUGUUUCUAGAAAUGUAGUAUCAAUUCAUAAUUAAAAUAAACUCUUUGAAGUUCAUGUUUCUCUUCCAAUUUAUAGGCCUAGGUGUCUAUAGUUUUGAGAACAAUUGAUACAUUUUUGUUUGUUUGGGGAUGCUAGUGAGAAAACCUGUGUAGUAAAAUUUAAAGUUAUACUAUUUCUGAUUUUGGGUGGUCAUUUUAACUUUCGAUGAUCUGGCAAAUAUGAACCAAAGGAUUUCUACUUUUAUAUGGUUUCCUUUUACUACAUAAUACAAAUAAUGACUUAGAUUUAUUUUAAGUGUUAGGCUGUUUUUGCAAGAAAGAUUUAGUCGGGUGGAAAUUCUCAUGAUUCACUUAGGCAAUAAGACACAAUUUCUUGGGAAGCAUAUUUGAUAUGUUCUUGCUCUCUCUUCUUUUUUUUCCUCUCAAAUUUGAGUUGGCUUAAAUUCUCUUUUAUGAACUGCCCAGCCAGUGAAAUGAUGGAGUUCGACAAGUAAUCUGCAGCAGAAUAUUACAUCUGAUUUGAGACUUGUUUCCAUAUUGUUGCCUUAAAGUUUACUAAAUUGGGUGACUUGUAGUAUCUAGUUGUUAGAAAGGGGAGGGAAAGACUGUUUAAUAUCAAUCCAAAAUUUCUGUGAAACGUGGCCCAAGAUCUAAAGUUUUUAAGGAAACUAUUUAAUAAAUGUGAUCUACUCUUUUCUGAAAGGAAUCUAUCUCUUUCACCAUCUUUCCAUAAUAAAAACAGUUUGCCUCCUACCACCCAAUUGCACAUACUUGCAUCUGUUGUAUAUUGAGGGAUAAUCCUUCCGCCCUGAACUGUGCUAGAGCAAAAAUGUUUAUAUUUUUACACCUAUUUGAGUGUUACUGUAUUAUAUGACUAAAGUUAAAUUAGUCCGUGGCCUGGUAUUUAUCAUAAAGGAAGGUGUACACUUAAGAUAUCAAGUGGUUAAAAUAGUAAAUAUUGCAACACAUUUUUGUAUUCUAACUUUUGAACUUUAGUGUCUUUUAAUAUAAAUAAAUGUGAACAAAUAUUCCUCAGCAGUAAUGAGUGCUAAAUAUCUUGAUGUAACUUAACACAGAUUAAUAUUUCAGUAUAACCUACAAACAUGGAGAUACCUUUGAAAAAAAAUAUAUGCAGCAUCUAAAAACUUUUUUGUCCCCCAAACUAAAGAGUAUACUUUAUUUUUUGUUAUUAACUUGUUUCUGGGUUAUACUAAAGUUUUAUGAAAAUUUUUCUGAAUAUUACAUUUAGAUGAUAGAAAUGGAUAAUUUCUUGUUUACCAAAAAGUUGUUUUGAAAUUUUGCUUGUAUUUUAUAGUUCCUUGUUUAAUUUCACAGAAUUGAACAAGAUUUACAAGUUGACAGUAAGGAAGAAAAUAUUUGCAAAUUUUCAUUGUUCAGAAAUUAUUUAAUUCCAAAGUAAAGUUGAGUCAUCCCUAUAAGGAAAAGAAGUAUCACUUAUAUAAGAAGACUAUAAAGUAUAUAUAAAUUACAUGAAAUAAUUUUUAUCAUAUGGAUGAAAUGUCUUAUGUAUAUUAGUAUUUCUGCAUCUUGAGUAUACAAUAAGUAAAACACCAUAGUGUAUAAAUAUGAACCUAAGGGUGAGCGUAUUUUAGAAACUGUAUUUUUAGAUGAAUGUUUGAAAUAGUCUAGUUCUGUCACCUUUACCCUAAAUGUUUUACCUACACACUUAAAUUCUUCUGACACCAAUCAGAUUAAUAAUCUGUAUUUAUUUAAUUUUUCUAUGUUGUAUUUGAAUUUUUUUUAAGGGGAAGAAAGAUAGAACUGUAAUCUCCUCUACCUAUUUGUUUAAACAUAACAAUAUUAAGAUUUUGUUUUUGGUAACUAAUCACAAGAAUAUAGUUUUCUUUGCUUAAAAAAAAACUAUAGAAAAGAGGAACCAACAAUUUAAACAUAUUUCUUAUUCCAAAUAUCUAGAAUGCUCUAGAUACUUGGAUGACUGGGGUGAGUGUUGUCAGUAUUUAGCAUAGUUUAGGUUAAGUUGUUAAUUGUUUUUAAGCAUCAAAAUUUGAAAGUCAAAGAUAAUACCUGACUGAAUAAUAUAGGAUUGAAAAUAACUUAGAAUCAUCUUCGUAAUUUAGCACUUUAGCAUGGAGUUGGAGCACUGAAUUUAUUUCAAGUUACCUAGAAUUCUGCACUGCUCAAAUAUUAUUCAAUUGAUUGUAAAUUAUACCAUGUAAAUCCUUUAGAUAGAAUAGUUUAGAGGCUUACUGUCAGUACUUAGAGCCUAAAGUGACUCAGUAGGUAGUACUGGAAGGUUUAUUUGAGGGCAGAGUGCAAGUCUUUAAAAAUAUUUUUUGUCUUUAAAAGAGAUGGGUGAGAAAGGGAUGUAUAAAUUCUGAGAAUGAGAAACCUCUUAGGGCUUUUUAAUAAAUAUAUUUUGCACAUAUGGAUAUACUUACUAUUCAUUGACUACCAACUAAACUAAUCCUGUUACCUGUGAAAUUGUGUUAUUAAAGAAACUGUAAUGUUUAAGAGAAUGCCUGUUAAGGUGUCUUCAAGGAACAUAAACAUUUCUAUUAAAAAGAUAGUAGGAGGUCAAAUAAAUAAGCUAAUACUUUUGCCUCCUUUGGAUAACUCUUUUUCUUCCUUAUAUGUAUUUAUUUUUAAUUUUAUUAAUAUAUGUGGUCAUAAAUGAAAUGGAAAGAAAAUUUUACUUCAGAAUCUUUUAAUAACUACAGCAUGCCAUUAUUGUCCUUAGUAAAUUGAUGUUGUACAGCAUGAGUUUUAUAUACAGCCGACCAGUGAACAACAUUGGUGUUGGAUGCAUUGACCCGUGCAGUUCUACCUGUGUGCAGUUCAACCCCGUGUUGUUCAAGGGUUAACUAUUUAUAACAUUUGUAAUUUCUUAAGGAAAUAAACAUGAGUAGUUGUAAAAUA